AUGACUGACUCGGCGAAUAUUCCUGAGAGCCUGCACAAGUCACCAUUCGUCAACAAACAUAACAGAGAGAAAGAGAUGGAUGUAAUCACCGCUGAGCAGCCAUCAACACUAGAUGAUUGCAAAGAGCCACCACACACCCUACAAGUUUCGGACAAGCCCUUCGUCAGGACGCCUGAGACCAAAAUCGAAGACUUGCCAGGCGAACUUCCUGUUUCCCAGAUAGAUGCCUCUGUGGACCCUGAAGCUGUUGCUGAACUAUGUGUGCGCAGUCUCAAUAGCUUCGAUCCAUCUGUGGUGGCCAAAAAUGCGAUCUGGAGAGACCUCUUCGCCCUGUCAGGCACUCUUCGGACAAUGUAUGGCGUCGACACAAUCACAAGCACGUGGAAAGAUGUGUUUGCGCAUCAUCAAAUGUCGGAUUUCGAGCUGAUGCCAGGAACGUCCAAGAUUGUACGCCUCGGACCAAAGCAUUCUUGGAUUGCCGCGAGAUUCACCUUCAGAACCAACGGAAUUCCAGCUUCUUUGUGCUCGGGUCAAAUCGGAAUCGUGCCGUUCGAAGGCAAGUGGCAAAUCUGGAUGAUGACGUCCAUCUUGGAAGAGUUGCAAGGUCUGCCCAACCCGGACUUCCUCACCGACGCUGGGAUGAAGAGCGUUCAGAACACACAUGAAAACGGGAUCGACUAUGAGGCCGUCGUGGUUGGUGCAGGCUUUGCAGGUCUAUGUGUGGCUGGAAGAAUGAAAGCAAUGGGUGUCCACUAUCUUCUCAUCGACAAGAAUCCCAAGAUUGGUGACAACUGGACUGCUCGUUACGACUCGGCCCGGUUUCAUACCGACAAAUAUUACUCCGAUAUGCCGCUGGGACCAAUAUUCAGGCACGGAUAUGAUCCUUUUCUGAGCAGCAGUGACCUAGCCAGAGGUUACCGCGAAUAUGCAAACAAGAUUGGACUGCAUACUUGUUUAUCAACUGUUCUCAGAACUUCCAAGUUUGAUGAUGUUUCGGAAACCUGGACACUCAGUCUAGAAACCGACGGUCGACCGUGGACGCUGAAGACUUCGAAUGUUGUCUUUGCGACAGGAGCAGGAGGUGCGACCCCAAAUUGGCCUGUGCUUGCGGACAGAAGCGUGUUUGAAGGUAAGCUGCUGCACUCAGUUGACUACAAGAAUGCCAGCGACUGGGGCGGGAAGAAAGGUGUAGUCAUCGGAUCGGCAAACACUGCCCACGACAUCGCAGAGGACAUGCUUGCUGCGAAUAUGACAGUAACCAUGGUUCAACGAGGGAGGACGCCAGUAAUACCGCGCAAGUAUCAUACCAAAUGGUCCAAUACCCUCUACAAUCCGACGAUACCCAUUGAAGAAUCGGAUAGACAAGUAAUGGCGACUCCGUUGGCCGUUACGAGGUUGAUCAGCUUGUUUGGCCAGCAAGCACAGGCAGCUCAAGAGGCAGAGAGAUUCGACUCGUUGGAAAGGCGAGGAUUUCGAUGUGAACGAAACGCCGACUUUUGGAAGCUACUGACAUCCCGCUUCGGCGGCCACUACAUAGAUGUCGGUGCAUCGCAAAAGAUCGCGGAUGGACUGAUUGCGGUCAAAAGCGGUGCGAAAAUCCAAAGCCUAACGAAAACCGGCUUACUAUUUGAUGAUGGUAGCAGCAUUGACGCAGACGUGAUUGUCGUCUGCACAGGAUUCAAGACCGAUAUGUUGGAAGACGUUUCCAAGAUGGUCGAACCCGAGGUUGUGGAGAAACUCGACCAUUACUGGGGUUUGGAUGAAGAGGGAGAAUUGCGAGGCGCCUUCAAACCACUCCAACAUCCGGGCAUCUAUCUCAUCGGAGGGGGAGUGACACACGCACGCUUCUAUUCCAGGUUCAUAGCUCUUCAGAUAAAGGCCUCAUCUAUAGGCAGCCCAUUAAAGGUGUUUAAGAAAGGUGGGCCGCAAAGCGACAACAUGUAG